UAGUGAGUGCGUUUACCUACGCGGAAGUACAGCCCGGCUGUCACACUCGCCUGGGGGUAUCUAGUUUCUUCUCUGUUUUGCUAGCAAACUCAUUGAAUUUGUCUUCAAAAUGAGUGCACCAACUUGGUUGCCACUGGAGGCUAAUCCCGAAGUCAUGACGAAGUUCGUCAACUCUUUGGGCAUGAAGCAAAGCUGGCAGUUUGGAGACGUGUAUGGAUUGGAUCCAGAUAUGCUCAGCAUGGUGCCAAGACCUGUUUGCGCUGUGCUGCUCCUCUUCCCCAUCACAGAGAAGUAUGAAGCAUUCAAGCAAGAAGAGGAAGAGAGACUAAAGAGUCAGGGGCAGGAACUGUCCCCCGGCGUCUAUUUCAUGAGGCAAACGAUCGGCAACGCCUGCGGCACGAUAGGACUAAUUCAUGCGGUGGCCAACAACCUAGCACACCUGGAAUUUGAGUCUGACUCGGUUCUGAAGAAGUUUGUCGAUCUGACCUGUAAAAUGAGUCCGCAAGAAAGAGGUGUCUUCCUGGAGACAGAUGAGAGUAUACGUGUCACACAUGAAUCCAGUGCACAGGAAGGGCAGACUGAGGCACCAAGCAUAGAUGAGAAAGUCAACCUUCACUUUAUAGCAUUUGUGAAUGUCGGAGGGCAACUGUAUGAAUUAGAUGGUCGUAAACCCUUUCCAAUUCUUCACGGGAAAACAACGGAAGAUACUCUCCUCGAGGACGCUUCAGAGGUUUGUAAGACCUUCAUGGCCCGUGAUCCUCAGGAGGUCCGCUUCACCAUCAUUGCCCUCUCCAAAGAAUCUUACUGAGGCAAUCCCCUAAGCGGAGUGAACAUUUUUACUGCCAAAACAUUCUCAAGUGCUGGCUUGAUCUGCAUCUUCAACAUAGCUCAGCGACUGAUUCACAGGAAGCUAAUGAACAUUUUUCAAUUAAAACAUUUCCAUUAAUUACUUUGCCAAACUUGGCUGAGAUUCUUUGGAAGCGCUAGUUUGUUCCUGCACUAAAAUGUUUACAAAAUUGAGCAAAGUGUUCAGUGUUGGCGGCGGUUUUGGAUGUCAAAGACGGUGUUAUGAAGCGCUUACUAAUUGAGCACGUCUCCACCUGGGCGUCAGUCUAAGUCAAGAUACCAUGCCCUUGUGAACGAUGCCUUUGUUUUUUGUAACCAUGUAAAACACUUCUCAAUUAAACACUAAAAUGAA